ACACCGAUCUUACGAAGGCCAUAAAGUCAAGGGCCCUUGGCUAUAUGGAGGACAAAUAUAGUGACCCAGCCACACAGGAACUUCUUGAUGUUGCUUCAUUCCUUGAUCCACGAUUCAAAAUGGACUACGUGAGACAAGAGAAUGUUCCAGAAAUCAGAUCAAGAGUGAAGUUAGAAAUGGAACAGGAAGCACAAAAGGAAAAAAGGGCUCGUCUCAGCACAACAGGUGACGAGCAUCAAAGUGCUGCUGCUGAGGCAGAACCAUCAACAUCCACAGUGAAGAAGAAGGACAAGCAGUCACUGGGCAGCUUUCUCAAGGGCAUCACUGUGCCCCAUGCUUCCUCUCUGCAGUUGGAGGACUCCUUGGAGGCUGAACUAAACGGCUACCUCAUGACUCCUGCUAUUGAUGGAGAGCAAGAUCCUUUGGCUUGGUGGAAGGUACAUAGGGUUAACUUUCCAAGGCUGAGCAAACUGGCUCGCAAAUACCUAUGUAUACCUGCCACAAGUUCUCCAUCGGAGAGACUCUUUAGCACUAGUGGAAACGUUGUGACAUGUGAGCGCUCAUGUCUGAAACCGGCAAAGGUAGACAUGUUAGUGUUUUUGGCCAAAAAUUUGUAAAGGCUGUAGUACUACUGACCAAGUGUUUGUAAGACUUCAGUUGGAGUCAAGAUAUGUUCAGUUCUGCACUUUAUUUUGUAAUGCAACUUACUGGCAGCCUUUACUCUAUAAAGAAAAAUGUUAUGUUCAAAGUACACUUAAUAUUUGUACUUCAAUGUGUGCUGUGCAAUAUUUAAAAUGCUGGUUAUCAGUCUUACCAAUUAGUUGAUUGUGAAUUUUUUUUGCACUAAGCUUUUGAGAUGUUUACAAA